AUGAAUUGGUUCCUCAUCAUUAUCACGGUGGUGGUGGCGAUUCUGGUGCUGCUGGUCUCGCUCUACCUGGUCGUUCACUUCCAGCACCCGGAGGACAAGAACCAGGCAUGGCUGCCCAAGCUCGUGGUGCUGCUGGGCUUCUCCGUGGCCUUCUGGACCAUACUCCUCUUCCCGUUGGACGUCGCCAACCAGCAGGCGUGCGAGCUCGACAUACCGCUGUCCUCGUGCAGCACCAUGCCCAUGAAGGAGCUGUGGUAUGCCAUGUACAUCGCCAACAUGGCCAUCACCUUCAUCGCGGUGCCCUUCUGCAUCUUCUACUAUGAGGCAGACAGCGACUGGUCUGUGUUCCGGCGAUCCCUGAGCGGUGCGCUGUGGGCAGCGGGCACGGUGUUUGUGAUGGCCAUCCUCAUCGGCAUCCCCUACGCCUUUGCCGGCAAUGCGCAGUACACGGUGCAGGGGGCGCGGUCGGGCCUGCUGCCCAUCAGCUACCUCAGCAACGCCGAGGACAGCUUCACCAACUGCAUCGGCCUCUUCUCCUAUUACGACCAGGACAGCGGCCAGCCCAAGCUCAACUCCACGCUCGUCAGCCUGGGCUACAACUGCGACACGCUGAUCAACCAGCUGAGCGAGGUGUGGACCAUCCGGGUGUCCAUCAUCGUGUACGCCAUGGCCAUUGUGGCCACGCUGGGCUGGGUGCUGUUCAUGGUGUUUGGCGGCAUCGGCCUGGUGGCGCUGCCCAUCGACUGGAUCCGCGAGUUCAUCGCCCGCCCCAAGGCCACCAUCACGCGCUCCCAGUACAUCGACCGCGCCCGCGACCUGGCGCGCCGGGCCAAGGACAUCCUAGCGCUGGCCGACGCGCUGAAGCGGGAGGAGCGGGAGCGGGGGCGCAGCUGGCGCUGGCGCCGCAACAUCAAGGCCCUCAACAACCAGCUCAUUGUGCUGGAGGAGGACGAGACGCAGCUGGAGCUGGUGUACCCGCAGAGCGAGGACCCGGACUACAAGUGGGUGCUGACGGUGAUGGGCUUCUGGCUCAAGUUCUUUGGCGGCCUGCUGGGGCUGGCCAUGUCCAUCUGCUGGGUGCUGCAGAUCAUCCUGUACAUCCUCAUAGACCCCCCCGUCACCCCGCUGCUCAACGACAUGUUCAUCAAGGCCAACGACGCCUUCCCGCUGUUUGGCACGCUGCUGUUUGGCCUGUUUGCCUUCUACCUCCAGCUGUGCGUCACCAAGGGCAACUUCAAGUUUGGCCUCAACCUGCUCAUCUUCCGGGUGCACCCGAUGCGGCGCGGCGCCACCAUCAUGUCCUCCUUCCUCUUCAACGUCGCCCUCAUCCUGCUGGCCACCACCGCCUCCAUCCAGUUCUGCACCGCCGCCUUUGCGCUGUACGCCGACGGCACCGCCAUCAACGACAUCUUUGGCAACCAGCUGAGCUCCAUCAAGGGCCUCAAGUACAUCUACAACGAAAACAUCUUCAUCUACUGCCUGCUGGGAUUCAUGGCCCUCACCCUCGUCUUUGUGCUGGUCAUCGGCCCGGACCGGUGGAAGCGCCGCAAGCUGGAGGACGUGUACGCCAUGUGA